AUGCCCGCUUUAUUCAACAAGUACUUCUCAUACUGUCUACCUUCAUCUGCUAGCUCGCCUGGAUACAUAACCAUUGGUAAGACCGCUGAUAAUGGAAUUAAAAAUAAGUUUCUGAAAUUCACUCCACUAACCACUAAACCCCAGGAUAAGGAGUUAUACGGAAUUGUAGUAACCGGAAUCAGUGUUGGUGGGAAAAACUUAUCGGUUAAAAGUUCGGAUUAUAUGAAAUCGGGUGCGAUAAUAGACUCAGGAACAACAUUUGCAUACCUGCCACAGAAGGCGUACAUAACUCUAGAAAUCUCUUUCGUUAAACAGAUUUCGGAACAUAACAAGUUAACCCCAUUGAGUGAUGAUGAAGAUCAAAGUAUUUGUUUAGAUUUAAGCACAGCUGAGAGUUUUAUAAUACCAAAGAUUUCAAUCUCCUUCAAAGGCGGGGUUGAGCUGGAGCUGGAUGUGAAGAGAAUUUUGUCCAUUAUCAAUAAGAAUAACAAACACUAUGCGUGCUUAGCUUUUAGAGCGAGUACUGAUAAAACAGAGCCUCUUAUUUUAGGGAAUGUUCAGCAACGAGCAACAGACGUGCGCUACGAUGUUGCUGGAGGGAAGGUUGGGUUUGGUCCCGGAGGUUGCAGCUAA